AUGAACCCUUGGACAUUACAACUUUCAUCCAACCCUGCUUGUGUUCCACAAGUCGGCCGGAUGCCAUACACUGCGCCGUUGAAGACGUUGCUCUCCGCGCAGCACAUCGAAUAUACCUCCCCCGAGACGUGCGAGCGACCCGCUUUGGUCCGCUCCUCGUCAGAACGGCUUCAGAACUCCCGUUCCUAUUCCUCCACUUCAUAUACUCGUCGUCAUCGAAGGAGCCCUUCGAUCAGUAAAGCGACAGUGCAUUCCGCUCCAGAAACCCCGGCCCGCGCCUCGCCCUCCAUCGACCCACAUGCCAGUCUCCGCCAAUCCCCACCGCCCGUGAACAACGCCAUCAUCCCUCCGGGGGCGGUCAUCUCGCCACCAGAGUCGGGCCCCAACUCAAGCGAUGAGGAAUCACCAUACCCACACGGAGAGGGUCUGAAGAUGGAGGAGCUGGAGGCGGCUGUUCGUUCAAUUAAACUGAGAAGGGAAAGCUCACCCGAGAGGAUGGGCCCGGCAGAGUCCGCACAGGCUCCGACCUCGACUGCAUCGACCGUGACAGAAAAGCCCACCCGGCCUAAGCUUCCUCACCUGCCAUUGUCCAAAGAGGCUCGGAAGAUCACCCACUCUCGAUCAUCCACCGAGACCGCCAUUGAUUUCGCCCGGGAAGAGGCACUGACUAGCUCCCCCGAUGACAGCGAUGUGGAAAUGACCGUGAAGCCCCCAAUGGUCCGCAAGAAGUCAGGUGAGCUUGUUCGUCCGGCACUUCGUCCUGCAUCCGCACGACGACGCCCCUCGAGCAUGCCUGGCACACCUGUCUACGCCAAGGCAGUGCACUUUGACGCCCACCUGGAACACAUCCGACACUUCCUGCAGCUUGACCGGCCCUUGGCUGUGAGCGCCGAAACCUCCCCGGUUGACAACCACGAUAGCAAAGGCGAAUUCCCCUUCGGUUCCGACUCGGGCCCUUCAUGGGAAUGGGAGAUCAAGCUCGCCAAUUGGCCCAAGGAUGCGUCGUCUCGUGCAACUCGCCCUGUUCGCCUCGAGCGCUUGUUCUUGUCGGCUGAUAAGAGCACCUUGAUCGGUACUGUGGCAGUGGCAAACCUUGCCUUCCAGAAGUUUGUGACUGCCCGGUUCACUUUGGAUUAUUGGAGAACGACUUCAGAAGUCGGGGCAGCAUUUUGCCAUGACGUUCGCCGUCAGCAAGCUGCCGAUGGGUUUGAUCGCUUUUCUUUCGAUUUCAAAUUGAAUGAUCAGGCCAACCUUGAGACUAAGACCAUGUUCAUGUGCAUCCGCUACAACGUGGAUGGCCAGGAAUACUGGGACAACAACGACUCAGUGAACUACCAGGUCGAUUUCCACAAGGUUCCCAAGACUCCCACGAACAAGCCCACUAGCGGUGGUUCUCGCCCUGCUCUCCCACGCAGCCGAUCCUUCACCAGCACUCACACCAUUCGCCCACAGUCGAUGCCUCCCACCUAUGACUUCCCCGACCUUGGUGAGAAGCCAUCGUUCGCGAACCCUUUCAACGGUUCUAACGGCGUGCCUCUGACUCGGACGCCCUCGGAAGAGAUUGACACGAUUGCCCCGCCCAAGCGCCGCGAGAACUCCAAUCGUCAGGCAUUCGGGAACCGGUAUGAUUUCGGUGCGUCAUUGACUGCGGCUAUGCGGUCGAAGGCGCCCGUCGAUCGAACCACCCUGACUGCCCGUGCGAAAUCUGGAGAAUCCGCCCCGCCGGUAGCGAAGCCUGUCAAGAAGACUGCAAGCUUUGGUGGCCCUGGUCCUGCAGUGAGCGAUAACUCCCGCACUGGGGGUCGUGCGGAAGAUCUGAAGCCUUCCUCUUUGGUAUCUAGCAAGCCACGCCUCGAGUCCACUGUGUACCAGGAGUUGGUCGAUAAGUACUGCUUUUACGGGUCGCCCCAAGGCUCGAGUCUGAAGGCACCACCAACGACCGCAACCACUCGUGGAGGCGAGGCCCCCAAGCAUGUCUCUGUGCCUGCGUGUCCCUCUCCACCACUCUCCCCACGCUCCCCGGCUCCUCUCAAAGCCCCCGAGGUCGAGGCAUCUCGUUCUGUCAGCCCUCGCCCCUCGCCACGGCCUUCGCCGUCUCCUUUGGGAUUUCACUAUUCCUUCAACCGCGGUUUCAUGAAUGACCCUCACACGUCAACCGUUAUUAGAGGGUGA